AUGUCGCCAACACAUCUGGUGAGGACAGAAACCGUAAGGAGUCUGGAGGAGAUGGGCCUCUCCUCCGUCUCCGAAAGAAUAGAUGUCAAUUAUCCAGAAGUGGGACGCCCAGAACAUCCCAUUUUCCCCGAAGAAUAUACUUUUGAAUCGCCCACCGGCCUUGUGCCCGAGGAGGCCCUCGAGCAGAUCCGGUCCAGACCAAGACCGGCUUCCGAGCAUACCACGGGCCACGAGGCAGCGACGCCGCCGAGCACAGCACACGACCUCGAGAAGCAGAAAACGGCCGAGUUUGUCACCUUCACCAUCCGGGACCCAGAGAACCCGCACCACUGGUCCAAGCUGUACAAGUGGUACGUGACCAUGGUGGCCGCCAUGGUCGUGGUGUGCGUGGCCUACGGCUCCUCCAUCGUCACGGGCGGCCUGGGCCUCAUCGAGGACAAGUACAACGUCUCCGAGGAGGUGGCCAUCCUCACCUGCUCCAUCAUGGUGUGCGGCUUCGCAGUCGGCCCUCUCCUCUGGUCGCCGCUCUCCGAGAUCAUCGGCCGCCGACCCGUCUACAUCAUCUCCUUUGCCCUGUACACCAUCUUCCAGAUCCCCUGCGCGCUGUCGCCCAACAUCGGCGGCCUCCUCGCCUGUCGGUUUCUCAGCGGCGUCUUUUCCAGCUCGGGCCUCUCCCUCGCGGGCGGCACCAUCGCCGACAUCUGGGACAUCCAGGACCGCGGCAACGCCAUCGCUUACUUUGCCGCCGCCCCGUACUGCGGUCCUGUGCUGGGGCCCAUCGUGUGCGGCUGGAUCAACGUGGCCACGCACCGGCUCGACCUGUUCUUCUGGGUCAACAUGGCCUUUGCGGGCGUGGUCAUGGUCGCCGUGGGUCUGAUCCCCGAGACCUACGCGCCUGUGCUCCUCAAGCGGCGCGCCGCCAGGCUCAGGAAGGAGACGGGCGACCCCAACAUCAUCACGGAGCAGGAGAGGGUCAAGCUCUCGCUCGCAGAGGUCGUCAAGACCAGCCUGGUCCGCCCCUUGGUCAUGAUCCUGACGGAGCCCGUGCUGGACCUGAUGUGCAUGUACAUUGUGCUCAUCUACGCCAUGCUGUAUGCCUUCUUCUUCGCCUACCCUGUCAUCUUUGGUGAUCUGUACGGCUACAACGACGGCCAGAUCGGCCUCAUGUUCAUCCCCAUCCUGAUUGGCGCCGGAUUUGCCCUCGUGGCCACGCCCUACUGCGAGAAGAUGUUCCGCGCCGUCUGUGCCCGCCGCGAACCGACGCCCGAGGACCGGCUGCUGGGCGCGUGUAUCGGGGCGCCGUUUAUUCCCAUCGCGCUGUUCAUCCUGGGCGCAACGUCGUGGCGCUGGGUCAUCUGGGUCGGCCCCGCCUCGGCCGGCAUCGCGUUUGGGUUUGGCAUGGUGCUGUGCUAUUACUCUGUCAACAACUAUAUUAUCGACUCGUAUUCGAGGUAUGCCGCCUCGGCCCUCGCUGCCAAGGUGUUUCUGCGCUCGGGGGGCGGGGCUGCGUUCCCGCUGUUUACUACGCAGAUGUAUCACCGGCUGGGCCUGCUGUGGGCCUCGUUCCUCUUGGCGUUCAUCGGGGUGGCUAUGUUUUUUAUCCCAUUUGGGUUUUACUUUUAUGGAGCGAGCCUGCGGGCGAGACUGACCAAGUCUUCAGAGUAA